GCUGCAGACAGGGAAGGGGCGAUGAGCCCUGGCAGGGGGCUGUAAGUGGCAGUCUCAUCCCACCCAUCACCAGGGGAGAGUACGGGAGAGCCGCCUGCUGGAAGAGCAGCCGCCGUCACACCUCCUCCUGUCUCCCGUCUCCAGGUGAAGUGAAAGUCGUUGCAGGGAGAGAGGAGGGCGCCGCCGCCGCAGUCCUGUCAUGCACAGAGAGCUGCCGCUCCGGCAGCAGCAGCCCGCAGAGCCGGAGCACAGAGCCUCCCUGCCGGGGAGCAGAGUCUGACUGUCUGCCGGUCCCCUGACUCACUGUCAUACAGCGGUUCCACUUACCGAGGACGUAUCUCUCCACUAACGUCUCUCAUGCACCAGGGACUGUCCUCAGUGUGCAGUGACCUCACCCACCAGGGACUGGCCACAGGCUGCACGCACACAGUCAUUAGGGACUGUCCUCUGUCUACAAGUCCCCAGCCACCAGGGGCUAUACGGGCUGAACCCUCCCUGCAAGUCCCCAUACAUCAGUGGCUGACCUCUCUCUGCAAGUACCCAGCCACCAGGGCCUGACCUCUCCCUGCAGGUCUCCAGCCACCAGGGCCUGAUCUCUCACUGCAAGUACCCAGCCACCAGGGCCUGACACCUCUCUGCAAGUGUCCAGCCAUCAGGGCCUGACCUCUGCCUGCAAGUCUCCAACCACCAGGGGCUGACCUCUCUCUGCAAGUCUCCAGCCACCAGGGGCUGACCUCUCUCUCCAAGAACCCAGCCACCAGGGGCUGACCUCUCUCUGCAAGUUCCUAGCCACCAGGGGCUGACCUCUCUCUGCAAGUUCCUAGCCACCAGGGGCAGACCUCUACCUGCAAGUCCCCAGACACCAAAGACUGACUUCAGUGUGCACGGAGCUCCCCCUCCAGGGACAGGCCUCUGUCUACAAGGGCUGACCUCGUAUCACCCACCAGGGUCUGGGCUUCAGACUGCAAGUACCUAACCACCUGGGACUGACCUCUCUGCAAGUACCCAGGCACCAGGGACUGGCCUCAGUGUGUAAGGAGCUCCCCCACCAGGGACAGGCCUCUGUCUACAAGGGCUGACCUCAGUGUGCAGGGACCGCACACAUCAGGAGAUUGACCUCAGUCAGUAGGACCUCAUUCUGUAGGGCUUGACCUGAGUCAGCAGGAGAGCUCACUUGAGGACUGGUUUCAGUUUGUAGUAAUCCGGAGACAGUCUUACACAUUAGCCACUUGCCAUGGUCUGACCUCCAGUCUACGGGAGAUCUAACCUACCAGGGACUGGUAUCAAUUUGUCAGGAUAACCACCCAUUAGAUACAAACUUCAGUGCCCACAUAACCUAUCAACCCAGGACUGACCUCAUUUUUCAUAAAACUCUCCAGACAGGGACUCAUUUAAGCCUACAAGGAUUCCAACAAAGACUGACGUCUAGGUGGAUUACACAUAAAAUUAGCUUUCAAGGAGUUUAAGAAGAGACUGGUCUCACUUUACAAUUUUCUGUACACACUACAUAUACAGUAGACUCACUUAAGAAAGUGACCUGAUCCUGCAGGUAGAGUAUCUCCACCAGGGGACUGACCUCUGAGCGAUACAUCCUGGGAUGGCUACACACAGAGUCCAAUUCUUCAACGUGUCCCCUGGGAUUCAAAGAACAGGAAGCCUCAAGCUGACCACUCAGAAGAAGUGUCUUAACUUGUAAGACAGAAGCUAAGACGGGCAGUAUGGAUUGUAUUAAUGCAUGAUAGAAGGAGGAAGAUGAGGGAAAGGUGAAAAAGCCAGACAAAAAAUAAUAUGUAUGGCGGCUCAUUAGAUGAUGCAGAAUACCACAAGUCUAAAGAGAUUUUGUCUAAUGGAAACAGUCACAUCCCAUCCAAGAUUGGACGGAAUAUCCCCCGGAGACACACAGUAGGCGGGCCACGCAGUUCCAAAGAGAUUCUGGGAAUGCAGACGUCAGACAUGGACAGAAAGAGGGAAGCCUUUCUGGAACAUCUCAAAUACAAAUACCCUCAUCAUGCCACUGCAAUAAUGGGUCACCAGGAACGUCUGAGAGAUCAGGCUGUGCAGUGCAUGCUGGCCUCACUUCACUCAGAGCUUGACAUUCAAAGGUACUUGAUGAAAAUUGAAUCCUCUCAGAGAACAAAAAGUCCAAAACUCUCCUCAAGUCCACAGCCAAGCCUGGGAGAACCGGCAGAACAUCUCUCUGAGGCGUCCGCUGACUCGGGAGACGCCAUGUUUGAAGGGGAAUCGACAAUGCCUUUUGUCAGAGGCAGCCGAACAAGAGCUAGCCUCCCAGUUGUCAGAUCGACCAAUCAGACAAAGGAGAGGUCACUAGGUGUACUCUUUCUACAGUAUGGGGAGGACACAAAGAAACUACAGAUGCCCAAUGAAAUUACCAGUGUAGAUACCAUACGUGCCCUCUUCGUAAGUGCCUUCCCACAGCAACUGACAAUGAAGAUACUGGAAUCUCCCAGUACAGCCAUUUACAUUAAAGACGAGGGCAGGAAUAUUUAUUAUGAAUUAAGUGAUGUAAGGAAUAUUCAAGACAGAUCCUUUCUCAAAGUUUACAACAAAGAUCCAGCUCAAGCGUUUAAUCACACUCCCAGGACGGUCAAUGGAGACGUAAGGAUGCAAAGAGAUAUCACAUACGCAGUGCGAGAAGGCCCAACGGUCCACCGGCCUGGAUCGGCCACAUAUCCUUCUCAUGGGGGCCCAAUAUCUCCACCUCCUACCCCUGUGCCCCAUUCCAUGCCACCGUCUCCAUCAAGGAUACCUUAUGGGGGUGGACGUCCCCCAGUGGGGCAGAGCAAUGCCACAAUUACAAGGGAAAGGUUAUCCAGUUUGCCAGUCUCUCGAUCCAUAUCUCCUAGCCCCAGUGCCAUCUUAGAAAGGAGGGAUGUAAAACCAGAUGAGGAUUUGAGUAAAAAUGUCCAGUUGAUCCGAAAUGACAGUAUGUAUGCAGAGCCCUACCUAUAUCACGAAGGGCGAAUGAGCGUGGCGUCAUCACACGGUGGCCACCCACUGGACAUGCCCGAUCAUCUUAUGGCUUUCCACAGGGGUGCAAUGAGGUCGUCAAGCACUUAUUCAAACAAUUCUAUGCAAAUGGAAAUGAUGGAACAAUCUGUUUAUAGACAAAAGACGCGGAAACACUUGGAGAGCCAUUUGCCAUCGCUCGGCUCUAAAACGCCUCCAGCCUCCCCUCACAGAGUGACUGAUAUCAGGAUGAUGGAAAUGCAUGGCCAUAGCACUCACGGGCCUCCCCACGCCAUGCAGGGUGAGAGGUCCUCUCCAGUCCGACAGUCCUUUAAAAAGGAGCAAGGUCCCGGAAUGUUUGUGGAGGCCAAGGUCCGGAACACUGGUGGAAUACUCAGUAUGGCUGAUAUUGUCUCCUCUCCCACUGAGAAACAAGUGUUUGGUGGAUACGGUGUUCCUGCAGCGCCCAAAGAGAAUUAUACACGGGAGAGGAUGCAUGCCAUGGAGAAACAGAUUGCCAGUCUUACUGGCCUGGUUCAGACUGCACUUUUCAAAGGGCCCAGCCCGAGCAGCACUAAGGAUGCACCUGGUGAGAAGGUCUUAAAGUCUGCAAGCAGCACUCCUCCAAUCACCGACAGCCCAGGACACAUUUUAUCCAGUGGGAAGAAUUCAUUAUCCAUUGUUGAAUCUACAACUGUCUUCACUCCAGCCCCACCUGCUGGAUCAACAGAUAAACAAGUCAGCCUCCAUGAUAUGAGGCGCAACAUAGCAGAGCUACGUCUUCAGUUACACAAGAUGAGGCAGCUGCAGCUGCAGAACCAGGAGAUGGUGAGAGCGAUGAUGAAGAAGGCAGAGAUGGAAAUCAGCACUAAAGUCUCAGAAAUGGUCAAGAGCCUGGAGGACCCGGUGCAGAGACAGCGCGUCCUAGUGGAACAAGAGCGCCAGAAGUACCUCCAGGACGAGGAGCAGAUUAUCAUAAAGUUAAGUGACUUAGAGAGUUUUGUGGAAGAUAUGAGGAAGGAGUUGAGCUACAGCAGUGCUGUCACCCUGAAGGAUGUGGAAGAUCGAGCAUUCCUGCUGCGCCAGAUAGGGGAAGCAGUGUCUAAUCUGAAAGGAGAAUUUCCCUACUUACAAAAUAAAAUGCGAGCUGUGUUACGGGUGGAAGUGGAAGCUGUCAGGUUUCUGAAGGAGGAACCCCACAAGCUGGACAGCUUACUGAAGAGGAUCCGAAACAUGACCGACGCCCUGUCUACCUUAAGAAGACAUGUUUCCGAGGGACCAUCUAAGAUCGUUGACUUCAAUCAAAAUAACCAAUUUAUCAUAACGGAAAAAGUUACUGAUAUAGAGGUAACGCAAAACAAAGAAGUAAAAAAUCAAACGUACCUGCAGACGACACAAUCCGAACAGGCGAACACGGUACCAUCCCCGACAACGUCUGUUAAAUCUGAGGUGGUGCCUCUGUCCGCUGGCGUGAAAGUCCACCAAGUACAAAGUUCACCGGUCUUCAUGCAGCAGUCCCAACACUCCUCGGCACUGGUUAACCACGUCUUUACCUCCGGUAACCAGAGCGCAGAUUCAUCUGUAAACAUCCUUUCAACCAGUGUGUCAUCCAGUGCAGCACAAGAGCAAACUCCACCUGCACAGCCGGCUCAGCAUAAUGGAUCCUCUGCACAAAACCUUUUUAUUGAAGAAAUCUACCACGCAGGUUACAGGAAUCGGGCAGUGUCCAUAGAGGAAGCAGAGAGGAAAUUUGAAGAGAAACGACAGAGCAUUGACCAUUACAACGGAAAGGAAUUUGAGAAGAUGCUGGAGGAAGCACAAGCCAAUAUUAUGAAGUCAAUCCCCAGCCUAGAAAUGCCGUCUCAAGCUCUAAAAACGGACACCAUAGAAAAACUGGAAGUAAAUGAAAGUGUACAGGAAAGUGAACAAGAAAGUGAUAAAUUAACAAAGUCUCCACCUCCACCCCCUCCACGACGUAUGUACCCUCCUGGGUCUGGCCUGAGCGGUGCAUGGACCUCAGAUUGGAAAGACAGCAAAGACUCUGAAGAUGUCCCUCCAUCAACUCCAUCAAAAACAAUGAAGUCAGAAGCAGAUAGCCAAAGUCUACCCAAUAGUACCAUAGUGAAGGAUGAAGAAGAGGAGGAAGAAGGAGAAAGAAUCAUGGCAGAGCUUCAGGCUUUCCAGAAAUGUUCCAUAGUGGAAAUUAAUACAAAGGUGCAGUAUGAGCGCUCUAAAGCAGAGGCUCAUGAGAAAGAUUUCCGACCUUCAGGUUUAGCUCUACCCAAGGAAAAGAAGGUGUCAUGCACUAUUUCAAAAGAAUGUUUAAAUCCUGAAAGCCCAAAACUUGUUGAAAGCACAGAGGACAAGUGGAAAUUGCAAUCUGUACAAAGUUCUGCACCUGAUUUGGCCAUGUAUAGGCAGGGGCAGACUGUGGUAAUGAAUGAGCAGUCUACUUAUAGUCUGUUCACAGACAGGGAUGAGAAUAGCUCAACCGCCAAGGAAGAACCUCAGAAAGAUAUCGAAUAUGAGAAAGAAGAAAAUAUAAUAACAUAUAAGUACCAUAACAAGCAAAAUCUAAACCUGUUGAGCUCUACCAAACCCUCUAAAGCUGGUAAAGAAAGAUUGGAACAAAAAAUAGAGGUUUCACAUUUUACAUUUGACAGGGUUUCAAAUGUAGAAAAGGUUGUAGAAAAUCAGGAUUUGUCAGUAGCUAGUAAAUCAUUGCAAGAACAGGGAAUGCCCUAUUUAGAUUUAGGCCAGCCAGUUGUAUUAAGACAAAAGAGUUCAAGGAGGACUAACAGCCACCAGUCUGAGGACAUUGAAUCUCCAACAGUAUCCCCAACUGAACCAAAGUCUCCAGCAGAUAACAUCGCUUUCAUGAUAACGAAUACUGAGGUACAAGUCCUCUCAACCGGUGAAGUUCAAGAUAUUGUAAACCGAAAGGGUGGGGAAGUGCAAACGGUCAACAUUGAUCGAGAGAACGUGGAGAAAAUUCCUUUAGGUAGAACCCUCACACCUGGCAUGGAAGAUACUGUAAUGUGCACAGACAAGAAACCAGUCAUUAUCAUAUUUGAUGAACCAAUGGAUAUUAGGUCAGCUUAUAAAAGACUUUCAACAAUAUUUGAAGAAUGUGAUGAUGAUUUAGAAAAAGUUAUGUCAAGGGCAAAGAUUGAAGAGGAGGAUGAAGAGGAGGAAGAGGAGGAGAAGGAAUCGAAUGUUCCACCAUCUGAAAAAGACAGGAUCAAGACAAAUGAAACCAUAAAAACUACAGAGAGUAUCAUGACUCAAAAUAAAUAUAGAUUCAACUAUCCAUCUUUGGCACAAAUGAAACAGACUAUGUUUCAGGAUGGUACCACCUCCCAGGCACUUCUCUCAGAAGAUGAAAAGUCUGAUGCCUCGGACUAUCAGUUUGGUCAGAGGCAGGAUGUAAAGAAAAAAUUUAAGUUCAAGUUUCCCAAAAAGCAACUGGCCGCUUUAACCCAAGCCAUCCGUACAGGGACAAAAACUGGGAAAAAGACUUUGCAGGUGGUGGUGUAUGAAGAUGAAGAAGAACCCGAUGGAACCGUAAAACAACACAAAGAAGCAAAAAGGUUUGAAAUAGCAAGAUCUAAGAGCAGCGAGGAAAACCUGAUGCCCAACGUUCUCAGCCUUGAAGAGCCAGGUCAGGUGUCGAGGACAGAUGAAAUCAGGAAAAAUACUUACAGGACCUUGGACAGUCUUGAGCAGACCAUCAAGCAGCUGGAAAGCACAAUAAGUGAAAUGACACCGAGACCAGGAUCAGAUGUUAUAGAAACGAGGGAGGAAAACAAAACUUUAAACUUAAUGCCUGUUGUUGCCAAAGAACCUGCAUUUGUGGAUGAUACAAAACUUGUUCUAGAGUCUUCAUCAUCCAUACCCACUACAGCACGUAAGGGUUCAAAUGGAGCGUCACAAACCAGCAGAAUGCCAAUACCAAUGUCUUCUAAAACUAGACAAGGGAGUACGGAAAAAACUAGCAAACAGCCAAAGCUUCAGGAGCCACAGCGUCAAUUCAGACAGGCUAACGGAGGUACUAAGAAAGCUGGUGGGGAUUUUAAGGCUGCUUCCCCUACUUUAUCUGCUUCUAAAAUUCCAGCACUUUCUCUAAACACUGGAAAAGGCAGCUCUGUUUCUGCUCAGUGUAAUGAUACAUCUAACUCCCAUAAUCCCCCUGUAAAGUCACAUGUCCCAAUAACCAAUUCUAACGCUCAGUCUAUUCGCACUAUUAACCCCUCGUCCCUUAUCCGUCCUGUUCAGAAUGGCACUUCAAAGCUGCAGAGCCCAUCAUAUUCAGGUAAAGGUCAUCAUCUCUCAUUUUCACUACAGAACGCAAAUGGCAGACCAUCUCCUCCCACUGCUGCUUCUUCUUCUGCUACUUCUCCCUCUACUACUUCUGUCUCUCCCACUUCACUGACCCAAGGUGUGAAGAGCAUCCGUACGAUCCACACACCUGGCUUCACCAGCUACAAGUCACAGAACGGAAAUGCAAGCAAGGUCACCGCGCCAAAGGAGACUUCAUAACUCAUCACUGUAGGUGUGCCGCCGCGGCUGUGUCUUCUGUGCCACCCCACCCCUCUUUCGGCUUAGUGUUCUCACUGUGUACAUAACGCACCCGUCGAUCUUUGUCAACUUUGUUGCUGUUGUAAUUAUAACCCUAUACCCCUUUUAAUGGUCUUUGUUUUUUUAAUGUAAAUUGAAAGUUAGCGUGUGUGAUUGUAUAUAUUCCUAUACUGUAUGUUUGCAUGUGUGUGGGGCUCUAGGAAAGCUGGAAAAAGGGUAUCCAGAAUGUGAAGAUAGAGAUUAUUUUGUAUAGAAUAUUUUUCAUUAUUGAACCUGCAAGAGAUCAACUCUGGCGUGAAGUUUUAGCCUUUAUUUUCCGUUCAUGCUGGCUUUGACUACAGAUUUCUAUUUUUGUCAACUAAACAUCAUUGUUGCUUUUAUUUUUUUGCCAAGAUAUUUUCAUAUGGAUAUAAUGUAUGAUUAAAGACUUCUACUUGGUAACGCCGCAGUGGGCGGGCUGAUCACUAUGAAAUAUGCUUAAAGGGAUUCAUUCAUCAAAAUGUAUGUCGUAUUUAAAUAGAAAUGAAUCAACGCCAAAUCAGGAGUUUCUAUUCUAAGUGCAUUUAGACAUUAUUAUACGUAUAAUAUUUAGUUAUGCCCUGUGCUCCGACAUAAAACGACUUCAGUUAUUAGUUUGCACAGUAGACUUGUCUUAUCCUUGGGUAACAUCAUCAUGUGACUCAUAGUUUGCCUCUUAAAGUACAUGUAAUCUCCUCCAAAUCUAAAUAAUCCCACACCCUGUCAGAUUUCUUGACGUUUUCCUGUCCCAUAAAGUGGGAUGUAAGCUGCCAUAAAGCGAGAUAACCUGACAAUGCUGCAAAACAAAAGUUAUACAAAUAUGUAGCAAUUUCAUCUUUUAAGUUUAUUAUUCUAUUUUUGAAAAAUCAUAACAUAUGGCAGUUACUUUAACCAAAUUAUAUAAUUUGGUUAGUCUGUUUUUGAUGAUUGAUGCCCUUUAAAAAAACGCCCACAAUGGCACUAGGCUCUGCCAUUUGGUUAUAUGCACAAAAAGAAAAAAAAAUUAAAGUGUACUCAAAUCUUUGUUUUAACAAUGACAUAUUUAUCAAUUCCGAUUUCCUUCAAAGCAACUGCCUACCAGUGCCCCAAUCUGGGUUUUUAAAAUGAGUACAAAUAUUGUUCUUUAAUUAAUGUUAUAGGUAUGUACAUACAGUAUACAUACGCUACACUUCUACGUACAGUGAUGUGCUAAUGGUUUCUUAAAGAGGUAGGCAAUCUGUGUCCCUACAGGUUCUGUACAGUGUCACUGCCUAUUGUCCCCAACAGCCAAUUAGAUGAUGCGAGUGCAGACCCCCGGAACACCAUGUUGCCUACCCCCCUCUCAUCCUUUAUGCAUGCUUUCAAACAGUGGCAACUUGGAAAGGAAGAGUUUGCACAGAUUUUGUAAAUUAAUGAAUUUGUAUAACUACUGUAACAAAUAUCUAUAAAAAGCAGGUCACUUUUCUGAAAUACAAUAAAGUGAUGCAUGCUCUUAUAUAUA